AUGAGCGCACACGAUUUCGUCAAUGGCUGGCAAGGUUCUCUCCGGCUGCCUGCCGCCAGCGAGCCCACAGCUCCGCGAUCUCCGUCGCUGGCAGCAACAGCACGCGACGGUAUCGUCGUCUUCUCGGGCGGCAGCGCAGCCAACAGUCUGGUCGAUGUAUUCAAUGCCAUUCGAGAACCCAAAGGGUGCGCACUCAGCUAUGUCAUACCAAUAUCCGACAAUGGCGGUUCUUCCAGCGAGCUCAUCCGCGUCUUCGGAGGGCCAGGUACGUUCAUGCGGCACUUCUAUCCGACACUCCCAUACAGAAGUAGAUAGUCUUACUGAUUUGCAUUCUUAGGCAUCGGCGAUGUGCGUUCUCGGCUCGUCCGUUUGAUUCCUGACGACAGCCAGGAGGCCAAAGCGGUCAGGCAUUUCUUCAACCACCGCCUCCCCAAGUCCUACGCGCCUGCUAGAGCAGAAUGGCAAGAUAUCGUCGAGUCCACCCAUUCUUUAUGGGAGGGCAUCUCUUUGCCGAAGAGAGAGCUCAUUCGGAGCUUUCUGAACUCCAUGAAUCUGGAGAUUGUCAAGCGACUCAGGCCAACAAGCAGAUUCGACUUCUCCGGUGCAAGUAUAGGGAACCUCUUUCUAACCGGGUGAGUGUGAUAGCAGGACAGCAGACAGGCAUGCGAUUCUAAAAAUGUGACCAGUGCGAGACUGUUCACGGGCAGCUUCGAGGCCGCCAUACAUCUCGUCUCGAGCAUCUGCGGCGUCCCUCCAUGGGCAUCCGUUCUGCCUGCGUUGAACACUAACUUCGCCCAUCAUAUCGCUGCUGGCCUCACCGAUGGUACUGUAAUACUUGGACAGAACAAUAUCAGCCAUCCAAGUGCACCAGCUGCUUCUGUCAAUCACGUCCCAGGCGAAGCCACUUCCCUGACUGAAUUGCUGAAAGCAGAAACCGAGGAGCAGGAUAGGGUCGAAGACGCCAACAUGCCAGGCACUCUGCCGACUUUGCGGAAGCCAGCGAUAGCCUUCUCCAAGGAAGACGAAGAAGAGCUCCCUUCGAGAAUCGACCGUCUGUGGUACAUCAACCCUUAUGGCCAGGAGAUCUUCAUCCCAGCGAACCCACGAGCACUUGAGGCAAUCGGAAAGGCAUCCUGCCUCAUCUACAGUAUUGGCUCAUUGUUCACUUCAAUCAUCCCAUCGCUGGUCCUCAAGGGCGUUGGCGCGGCGGUUGCCUCUCCUUUGAUCACCAGCAAAGUGCUCAUACUAAACGGUACUCUGGAUCGAGAGACGGGUCCUUCGUCCAAUCCUUACACAGCCCUGGAUUUUGUCGCAGCCAUCGCGAACGCAUGUCGUGAGUCGCAAGGUCUACCAAGAUCCGAACCACAAGACUACUGGCAGUACGUUACUCAUGUCGUCUAUCUGGAUGGACCUAGUAGUCCCAAGCUUGACAAAGAUGUCUUCAAUCAGAUUGGCAUUGAGUCACUCCGGGUCUACGGACCAAAAGAUACCAACGGCAAAGGGGGACGAUACGAUGCUAAAGCACUCCUCCAAGCACUGGAGGCCGUGAUUGGGAGGAAAGAUCCAAGAGGCAUCUCCAGACGUAACACACUGGUGGGCUGA